AUUCUUAAUAAGAUGAAACAAGAGUUUGAGUAUUGGUAUCCAUUUGAUCUUCGGGUUUCUGGAAAAGAUCUUAUUCAGAAUCAUUUGACAUUCUGUAUUUAUAAUCAUACUGCAAUUAUGCCAGAGCACCAUUGGCCACGAGGGUUCAGAUGCAAUGGGCACAUCAUGCUUAAUUCUGAAAAGAUGUCCAAAUCUACUGGGAAUUUUAGAACUCUGCGUCAGGCAAUUGAAGAGUUUUCUGCUGACGCCACACGAUUCUCAUUGGCUGAUGCUGGUGAUGGUGUUGAUGAUGCAAAUUUUGUUUUUGAGACUGCAAAUGCUGCAAUAUUACGUUUGACUAAAGAAAUUGCAUGGAUGGAAGACAUUCUACAGGCUGAUUCUUCUUCCUUCCUUAGAAAAGGCCCUCCGUCGACCUAUGCUGAUCGUGUCUUUGAAAAUGAAAUCAAUAUUGCAGUUAAAACGACCGAGCAAAAUUACAAAGAUUACAUGUUUAGAGAAGCUCUGAAGUCUGGUUUUUAUGAUCUCCAAGCAGCGAGGGACGAGUACAGGUUUUCAUGUGGGGCUGGAGGCAUGAAUCGCAAUUUGGUUUUCCGCUUUAUGGAUGUCCAGACACGACUUAUCACUCCAAUUUGUCCACACUAUGCAGAAUAUGUUUGGAGGGAAAUGUUGAAGAAGGAAGGGUUUGUUGUUAAUGCUGGCUGGCCUUCGGCUGAUUCUCCUGAUUUAACUCUCAAAAGUGCAAACAAAUACCUGCAAGACUCGAUAGUUUUGAUGAGAAAGCUUCUUCAAAAACAACUUCUAGGAUCUAAAAAAGGCAACAAGAAGGGUGCUCCCGUCACAUCCGUGAUUGAGGACAAGAAAUUAACUGGCUUGAUAUAUGUGAAUGAGCAAUUUGAUGGAUGGAAAGCCGAAUGCCUGAGGAUACUCCGAUGUAAAUUUGACUCGACUAAACGUACAUUUGCACCAGAUAGUGAAAUAAUGGAGGCACUACAGAAGAGUUCAGUUGGUCAGGCAUCAGACUUUAGACAAACACAGAAGUUAUGUAUGCCAUUUUUGAGGUUUAAGAAGGACGAGGUCGCUGCACUCGGGGUUCAUGCCUUGGACUUGAAGCUUCCUUUCGGGGAGAUCGAGGUCCUUAAAGAGAACUUGGAGUUGAUUAAGAGGCAAAUAGGUUUGGAAGAGGUGGAGGUUUUGUGUGCGUCUGAUACAGAUGCUAUUGCAAAAGCUGGAGCUCUGGCUUCAUUAUUGAAGCAGAAUCCUCCAUCCCCAGGGAAUCCUACUGCUAUUUUCUUGACAAGUUAGACAAAAACAUUCCAGGCGUUUUUGGUGAGUGUUGUCUUUCUGACUAUGCUUGCUACUUUUGUUUGAAUCUAUGCAUUUUUUUUAUUUAAUUCUAAAUUCCCCAUCUUAUAAAGAGAGAAUUUCUUUUGGACAAAAAAAAAAAAACAUUUUUUAAUUUCAAAAUACAGAAUUAUGAACUUGAUUAUAGCUGCAUACCAAAUUAUAAUUGUGAAGAUAGGUCCAACUGGUUGUGUCCCCAUUGAUUUGUUACUUUAGUGAACAUAAUUUAUAGUUUCUUGCAGCAUCCUGUUUAUGUCAAAGUAUGGGGUUCAUGGUUUUCUGUUUAAAUUCUACAACGCAUGCUCGUUACUCGAACUCGUCCUUCUCUCAUUAGCAAUGUUAUUCGUACAGCUUCGAGUUUGAGCAUGUUUUAGUUUUGCUGCCAUGAAAAAACUGCUAAUUUUGAAUUGUUAGGAGCUGAUGUUAAUGUUAUUUUGUUUUCUUUUUGUCAAUGUCUUUGGGAACGAUUUGGUCUAACUCGUGCUUGUGGGUGUUGGUUUUUGUAUUUAUCAGCUUGAAACCAUUCUUUUAGAUUGGAACUUGUUCUUGUAACUCAUUGUGGAUGUUUUGGUUGGUCGGAUUGUUAUAUAUUAUAUAUAGACACAUACAUGUUCUUGUA